AUAUUCUCCAGGGUAUAAAUGCAAAAGUAGCAUAAGUGCGAGGACCUUGCACAAAGACAGCGGUGCUUAUGAAGGGGAUGAAUGAGCUCCGAUCACCACCGCCUCAUUGUCCUCUUCCGCUCCGCGCGCCGGCGCAGCACUCCGUCGGCGGUUCAUCAGCUCCACGCGCACUUUUCCAAGCUCGGUCUCCUCCUAUGGCCGCCCUUCAGCACCUUUGUUCUCGAAGCUUAUUGCAAGUUCAAUCUCCUACGUCUCGCCCACCACCUGUUCGACGAAUUGCCGCACAGAGAUCCCGUCAUUUGGUCCUCUCUGCUCUCCGCUCACUCCCACUCCGACCACCCCCACCGCGUCCUCCCUCUUUUCCGCUCCAUGAUCCUCCAAGACGCCAUUCUUCCUGACAACUUCGUCCUUGCCACCGUCGUCAAGACCUCAGCUCGGCUCUGCUCUAUUCGGUUGGGCAAGCAAGCCCAUGCUUACUUCUUAGCCUCGCCGUACUCCGCUGACGAUGUUGUGAAGUGCGCCAUUGUUGAUAUGUACUCCAAGUGCCGUUUGCCUGGUGAUGCCCGUAAGGUGUUCGACACUAUAACCCAUAGGAACCGUGUGUCUUGGACUGCCAUGAUCUCUGGAUAUGCAUCCAGUGGUUGCUACUCGGAUGCUAUUGAAGUGUUUGAUGCAAUGCCUGAGAAGGAUGUGUUUACUUGGACUGCUCUGAUCUCUGGGUUGGUGCAGAGUGGGGAUAGCUUCCAUGCGCUCAAACUGUUUGUUGAUAUGCGAAGAGAAGGUGUUUCACUAGAUGAUGCAUUUGUUCUCUCAAGCGCGGUCGGUGCCGCUUCUGAUACAGCUGCAUUAGAACUUGGUCGGCAGCUCCAUUGUCUCACUUUGGUCCUUGGCUAUGAAUCAUGUAUGAUCAUCGGCAAUGCACUUGUAGACAUGUAUGCAAAAUGCAGCGAUAUCUACUCUGCAAGGAUUGCAUUUGAGAGAGUUCUAGUGCGAGAUGUAGUCUCGUGGACGACGAUGGUGUUGGGUGAGGCGCAACACGGGAAAGCUGAGAUGGCGUUUAGUCUGUUUGAUCAGAUGGUUAUCGCUGGAGUAAGGCCAAAUGAAGUGACAUUUGUGGCAUUGUUAUAUGCUUGUAGCCAUGCUGGAUUAGUUCAGAAAGGCCGAAAUUUCUUUGAUUCAAUGGUUCGAGAGCAUGGGAUCAUGCCGUCAUUGCAGCAUUACACUUGCCUAUUGGAUCUUCUCAGUCGAUCCGGGCAUCUCUCAGAAGCCGAAGAACUCAUUAAAAGCAUGCCUCAUGAACCUGAUGAAGCAACAUGGGGAGCAUUACUCAGUGCUUGUAAGAAACAUGGUAAUGUUCAGAUGAGCUUAAGAGUGGCCAACCAUUUACUGAGCUUAAAACCAAAAGACCCAUCAAUGUAUAUACUUUUAUCAAACACUUAUGCUGUUGCCGGAGAUUGGGCAAAUGUCACGAAUGUUCGCAGGUUAAUGGUAGAUAACGAGAUCAAGAAAGAGCCUGGUUACAGUUGGAUUGAACUGGGGAAAGAGAGUUGUAUGUUUGUAGCCGGAGAAACACCGCAUGACAUGAGAAUUCAGAUUGUCGGUUUGUUAGAAGAGUUGAUGAUUGAGAUGAAGAAAAGAGGGUAUGUGCCGGAGACCAAUUCAGUGAUGCAUGAUUUGGAUGAGCAUGAGAAGGAGCAGCAGCUGAUGAUGCAUAGUGAGAGGUUGGCAGUGGCCUUUGGGCUGCUCCGGGGAGUCUCGGGGGCGACGAUUAGGGUGGUGAAGAACCUCCGGGUUUGCGAUGAUUGCCAUACUGUGUUGAAGAUGAUCAGUAGCAUUGCAAGUAGGGAGAUUGUUGUGAGAGAUGCCACAAGGUUUCACCAUUUCAGUUAUGGCAGUUGCUCUUGCGGUGAUUUCUGGUAGCUUUUCCCUUGUUGUCUUCUCAGACACAGUUAUAUAAAAUUUCAUUUAUACCCCUAUAAAUUUGUGAUAUUCCUGAAUGAAUAAGUCAUUCAAUUUUUAGAUUAUUUGAGUUUGCUCUGGGCUGGUUGUGCUUGCCACUUUUGAAAUAUUGCCAAU